AUGGCUGACCCGUUGAAGGCUGUUUUUGAAAACAAACCGGUGGAAAAGACAAAGAAGGAUCCAAAGCGGUUGUCGGUCGAGAGGAUCUACCAGAAGAAGACGCAGCUGGAGCACAUUCUGCUCAGACCAGACACCUACAUCGGCUCUGUGGAGCCUGUCAGUCAACAAAUGUGGGUGUAUGAUGAAGAUGUGGGACUGAACUGCCGUGAUGUGACAUUUGUGCCCGGCCUGUAUAAGAUCUUUGAUGAGAUCCUCGUAAAUGCAGCUGACAACAAACAGAGGGAUAAGAGCAUGUCCUGCAUCCGAGUUAACAUCGACGUGGAGAACAACACCAUCAGCGUGUGGAAUAAUGGGAAAGGAAUCCCUGUGGUGCAGCACAAGGUGGAGAAGGUCUACGUUCCUGCCCUCAUUUUUGGACAGCUCCUCACUUCUAGUAACUAUGACGAUGAUCAGAAGAAAGUCACCGGUGGCCGUAAUGGGUACGGUGCAAAACUUUGCAAUAUCUUCAGCACAAAGUUCACUGUGGAGACGGCCUGUAAAGAGUCAAAGAAGGUUUUCAAGCAGAGUUGGUACGAAAACAUGGGGAGAGCAGGAGAGUCCAACAUUAAACCUUUUGAAGGAGAGGAGUACACGUGCAUCACAUUCAAGCCGGAUCUGUCCAAGUUUAAGAUGAGCAUCCUGGACAAAGAUACGGUCGCUCUGAUGACCCGCAGAGCGUACGAUAUUGCUGGAUCCACAAAGGGAGUCAAGGUGUUCUUCAACGGCAAGAGGCUGCCAAUUACAGGUUUCCGCAGCUAUGUGGACAUGUUUGUGAAGGACAAGGUGGAUGAGCUGGGUGGUCCGCUCACUGUGGUCCAUGAGGUGGUCAAUGACCGCUGGGAGGUCUGCCUCACCAUGAGUGAGAAAGGUUUCCAGCAAGUCAGCUUUGUCAACAGCAUAGCUACAACAAAGGGAGGCAGACACGUCGACUAUGUGGCAGACCAGGUGGUCGGAAAGCUCAUUGAAGUGGUGAAGAAGAAGAACAAAGCCGGUGUAACGGUCAAACCUUUCCAGGUGAAAAACCACAUGUGGCUGUUUGUCAACUGCCUGAUUGAGAACCCCACCUUUGACUCUCAGACUAAAGAGAACAUGACCCUGCAGCAGAAGAGCUUCGGCUCCACUUGUCCUCUCAGUGACAAGUUCAUUAAACAGGCCACAGGUUGUGGGAUUGUUGAAAGCAUCAUGAACUGGGUGAAGUUCAAAGCUCAGUCUCAGCUCAACAAGAAAUGCUCAGCGGUGAAGCAUACAAAAAUCAAAGGAGUGCCAAAACUGGACGAUGCCAACGAUGCAGGUGGGAAGAACUCCAUCGGCUGCACGCUGAUCCUCACUGAGGGAGAUUCGGCCAAGACGCUGGCCGUGUCUGGGCUGGGAGUGGUCGGGAGGGACCGCUACGGUGUGUUCCCGCUCAGAGGAAAGAUGCUCAACGUUCGGGAGGCCUCUCACAAACAGAUCAUGGAAAACGCCGAAAUCAACAAUAUAAUCAAGAUCCUCGGCCUCCAGUACAAGAAAAACUACAGCGACCCAGAAUCCCUGAAGAGUCUGCGUUACGGCAAGAUCAUGAUCAUGACAGAUCAGGAUCAGGACGGAUCCCACAUUAAGGGCCUGCUGAUCAACUUCAUCCAUCACAACUGGCCAUCGCUGCUUCGCCACAAUUUCCUGGAGGAGUUCAUUACGCCCAUCAUCAAAGCCUCUAACAAGAAAACCCAGCUGUCCUUCUACAGCAUCCCUGAGUUCAAUGCGUGGAAGGAGACCCAGCCUAACCACAAAUCCUGGAAAAUCAAAUACUACAAAGGUUUGGGAACUAGCACGUCACAGGAAGCCAAGGAGUACUUCUCUGAUAUGCACAGACACCGCAUCCCGUUCAAAUACUCCGGCCCUGAAGAUGACGAAGCUAUCACCCUCGCCUUUAGCAAGAAGAAAGUGGACGAGAGGAAGGAGUGGCUUACAAACUUCAUGAUCAACAGGCGGCAGCGUAGGGAACACAACCUCCCAGAGGAUUACCUGUACGGUCAAGCAACCAAGUCCUUGUCCUACAACGACUUUGUCAACAAGGAACUCGUGCUUUUCUCCAACUCUGACAAUGAGCGGUCCAUUCCUUGCUUAGUGGACGGUUUGAAGCCAGGACAGAGGAAGGUGCUGUACUGCUGCUUUAAGAGGAACGAUAAGCGGGAGGUGAAGGUCGCCCAGCUGGCUGGAUCAGUGGCUGAGAUGUCUGCGUACCACCAUGGCGAGGUGUCUCUGAUGAUGACCAUCGUCGGUUUAGCUCAGAACUUUGUGGGAAGCAACAACAUGAACCUGCUGCAGCCUCUGGGGCAGUUUGGAACCAGACUGCACGGUGGAAAGGACUCAGCCAGUCCUCGAUACAUCUUCACCAUGCUCAGCCCUUUGGCGCGCCUCGUUUUCCCACCAGUGGACGACAACCUGCUCAAGUACAACUAUGACGACAAUCAGCGCGUAGAGCCUGAGUGGUACAUUCCCAUCAUCCCCACCGUGCUGGUGAACGGCUCUGAAGGUAUCGGGACCGGCUGGGCCAGCAAGAUCCCAAACUAUGACAUCCGUGAGAUCAUCAGCAACCUCCACAGGAUGCUCAACGGCCAGGAGCCUCUGCCCAUGCUUCCAAACUACAAGAACUUCAGAGGCACGAUUGAGCAGGUGAUGGAUAAUCAGUACAUGAACAGUGGAGAGGUGUCCAUCCUCGACUCCACCACCAUCGAGAUCUCAGAGUUGCCGGUUAAAAGCUGGACUCAGGCGUACAAGGAGAAUGUUCUGGAGCCGAUGCUGAACGGGACAGAAAAAGCUCCUCCUCUGAUCACUGACUACAAGGAUUAUCACACCGAUACCACGGUCCGCUUCGUGGUCAAGAUGACCGAGGAGAAGCUGAGGGAGGCUGAGGCCGCCGGCCUCCAUAAAGUCUUCAAGCUGCAGAGCUCCCUCACCUGCAACUCCAUGGUUCUGUUUGACCACGUCGGCAGCUUGAAGAAGUACGAGUCUGUCCAGGAUAUCCUGAAGGACUUUUUUGAGUUGAGGAUGAAGUACUACGUUCUGAGGAAGGACUGGCUGGUCGGCAUGCUGGGAGCAGAAAGCUCCAAACUCUCCAACCAGGCCCGCUUCAUCUUGGAGAAGAUUCAGGGAACCUUGGUCAUCGAAAACAAACCUAAAAAGGAGCUGAUCCGCAUGCUUCAGCAGAUGGGCUACGACUCGGACCCUGUCAAAGCUUGGAAACAGGCUCAAGAAAAGAAUGAAGAGGAGCUGGGAGAUGAAGAGGAAGAGGGAGAAGAAAAAGAGGACAACAGUGGACCCGACUACAACUACCUGCUGAGCAUGCCCAUGUGGUUCCUGACCAAAGAGAAGAAGGAGGAGCUGUGCAAGCAGAGGGAUGCUAAGAUGACUGAGCUGAACACUCUGAAGAAAAAGACCCCAUCAGACCUUUGGAAGGAGGACCUGGCUGCCUUCUCUGAGGAACUGGAGCGUUUGGAGGCAAGCGAAAAGGAGAACGCAGCGGCCCCCGUGAAGAAAACUGGAAAGGGCAAGGCUCUGAAGGUGAAGCAGGAGACGCUGCCCACACCGCAGGGCCGCCGGGUCGUUCCCCGCGUCACCAGCACCAUGAAAGCUGAAGCCACCAGGAAGGCUGAUCUGAAGAAAGGAGAGGGCAAGAGAGGCAGGAAGGUCAAGAAUGAAGAUGUGGUGAUGAAGAUGGAGUUUGAGGAUGCAGAGAACAUUGAACCAAUUGAGGAAAUGGGUUUGGUUUCACGGCUGGCUAAGAAAACCAAACCAGAGCCCAAAGAGAAAGCCAUUUCAAAGUCUGGAAAACAGACCACUCUGCAGUUCAAGCCUGCUGCCAAGAAGCAGAAGAAGAACCCGUGGUCAGAUGAGGACUCUGAAGGCUUUUCAGGGAGCGAUGUGGAGGAAGAGGAAGUGAGCGCCCCCCGGGAGCGGGUCGUUCGCAAAACCAAAGCUGCGGUGAAGUACAGCCUGUCAGACAGUGAAGAUGAGUUUGAUGACUUUGAAAAAAAGAGCUCUGGAAAGAGGAAAGCCGUCGUCAGCGAUGAUGAUGCAAGCUUUGCCCCAGAGCCGAGUGUUGCUUCAGAGAGCGAUGUCAACUCACCACCCCCACCUCCCAAAGCUCCAGAACCCACGAAGAAGGUGUUAAAAAAAACAACAGUUAAAAAAACUGAAACCAAGUCAUCUACUUCGUCCGACGAUCCGGCGCCUGCAUCCGCCCGUCCCGCUCAAAGUAAACCCAAAGCGGCGGCCCCCAAAAAAGCUGCUCCAGCCAAGAAAGCAGCCGCUGCCAACAAGAAGGCAGCAGAUGAGAGGCAGCCUUCAAUCCUGGAUGCUCUCUCCAAGUCUAAACCUUCAUCCAAGCCCGUGGCCAAAAAGGUCCCCAAGUUGGACUCCAGUGAUUCAGAAGAGGAGAGGAACGUUCCAGCAAAAAAGACCGUUUCAAAACGCAAACAGGAGCUCAGCGACGAGUCGGACAGCAGCUCAGACGACCUCAUGUCACGGCUUAAGGCUAAAUCAUACGGUGCUGGAAAGAAAACCAAGAGGUGUAUCGAAGAUGAUAGCUUCCAGUUGUCAGACCAAGAGGAAGCAGCUACCGUUGCCGUGGCACCACGGGAUAAACCCUCACGUGCUCGGAAACCCGUGACCUACAACCUUGACUCUGACUCUGAUGAAGACUUUUAAACCGGGGUUUAGGAUUUUGUAGUAAAAAAGAUCCAGAAGUUUUAGUAAACCAGCAUUUUUCCCCGUUCAAUACAGCUUGCUUUUAUUACCAGAAUUUGCUUCUGCACAAAGCUUGAUUAAAAUGUAAAAAAAAAUAACUUUAAACUUUUAAAAGGUUCUCUUAUUGAAAGUUGUCCUUAACACGUUUUAUAUCAAAACUUGUGGUGUGUUUAUGAACCAAUGUGCUCUAGUAUGUUGUUUUUGUCCUGUACAUAUUUCAGUGGUUGUGUUGAAAAAUAAAGUUUCUUCUGAGU